AUGGCGACGCGCGCUCCACUCCCGGGCGACUCGCUGCUGGCGCUGGCCGAGCUGCUCUCCUGCGACCCGGGGGACAGCGACGAGGACAGCGCGGACGCGGCGCAAGGCCCCGCGGGCGGCCGCUCCGGCCCGGGGAGUAUCGGGCCCCUGAAGGCUGGCGGCGCCUCGACCGCCCCGCUGACGCCCGUGGACGGCAAGGCCAUCUGGAGCGCCGAGGAGGUGCCCGAAGGGAGCGCGGGCGACGCCUCGUGGGACCCCCGGGAGCAGCCGGAGUAUGAGAUUAUGUUCAAGCAGCACGUGACUUCUGAGGAUCUGUUCCUAGGCAUGAGCAGAAAGGACCCCUCCACUGCCUGCUGCGAAGACAUGCUGAUUAAGAUUAAACUGCCGGACACAAAAGCUUCGGACAUUACCCUUGAUAUACAAGAGAAGCUCCUUGAUUUUCGGAGUCCCCAGAAGCGGCUCCUUUUACAUCUACCUCAUCCAGUGGACGCCACCAAUGGGAAAGCCUGUUUUCUGUCUGAGCAGGCCACACUGGAAGUCACUUUGAGGAUGAAGCGAGAAUUGGAUUUCAUCAACUUUUCGUGAAGAGAAAGAGGGAAUCUGUCCCCCCCGCCGAGAGGCCCAAGGGGAGGUUUUCUAGUUAGGUAAUUGAGAGGAGAAGAAGGAGAAUAUCUUGCCACCAAUUCCAAAAAAACUACUGCAGCAUCCAACAGGCCACCUUUCCUGCACCAGGAGACCUUGAGGUCUGGCUGUCCUACUUCCUUCCUCUUGAAUUCUGACAUUGACAUUUUUCUAGGAGGCCAACAUUGUUAAAUGUUGCUUCCUUGGGGGCCUUAUUUCCCCAACAUCAGGAGAUCAGCAUGUAGGGGGCAACAGAGGCAAGUUGGUUUCAUAAUGGCUGAGCUGCUGACUGCUCAGGCUUCUGUACUGUUGAUAGAUAAUAAAAGUCCCGCCCUUUCAUG